AUGGAAUAUUUAUUGAUUAAAUUAAAUGAUUUACCAGAUGAGAUUCUAAUACUCAUCUUGAAAAAAUUGUGUAAUGUUGAAGUACUCUAUGCUUUAAUAGAUGUUAAUAAACGACUCAAUGCAAUUGCACAUGAUUCAACUUUUGCAAAUCAUUUAACAUUAUUAUGUAAACAAGAUGACUUAAUCUCUCCAUUACCUGAUCCAAUGCUUGAUCGAUUUUGUUCGCAAAUUUUACCUUCGAUUCAUUAUAAAGUCAAAUCGCUUAAACUUGAAUCGACAUCUAUGGAACGUAUUCUUCUUACUACAAAUUAUCCUAAUUUAUAUGAACUUGGUUUAUAUGGUAUUGAUGUAGAAAAAGCAAUGUCUCUCUUUAUUGAUGACACUACUUUUAUUCAUGUAAACAAAGGUCAAAUAUCAUCACUUGUUAUCGAUAUAAAUAAAAAUAAAAAACAAAUCUUAGUAUUAAAUGUUAGUGGAAUUGUAUUUGCACAUAUUUUUACUAUGUUCAUCAAUUUACAAUAUUUAAAUUUCGGUCCGUCUUCAAUUUCCUAUCAACAACUAACAUUUGACAUGUCACCAUCAACUGUUUUGUCUUCAAAUCUAUUAGAAUUACAUGUUCAUGUGCUUAAUUUCGCUGAUUGUCUUUAUUUACUUGAUGGACGUUUUAAUCAACUUCAUACAUUUCAUGUUAAUAUUAGUUACAUUUCUUCUAACACUUUAACAAUCAAUAAUACGGAAAAAUUACCUAAUCUAAGAUGUUUUUCGUUAUAUUGUGAUAUUCGUACAUAUGAUUAUGAUGAAUUAAUUGUACCAUUACUACAUCGAAUGUUGAACUUAGAAAAACUUGAUUUACAUCUUAAUAAUGUUGUUCAUGAUAAAGGAUUUAUUGAUGGAAAUAAUUUAAAAAAAAAUAUAAUUAAUUAUAUGCCACAAUUAAAUAAAUUUAUGUUUAAUAUUCGUUCAUUUAAACCUUCUCCUAAUCUAAUUAAUUUACCUUCAAAUGAAGAUAUUCAACAUACAUUCAAAGAAUUUAAAAAUAAUCAAAUUAUUUCUUGUGUUGAUUAUUUCCAAAAAAGACAAUGUGGUUGCUGUCAUGUUUAUUCUUAUCCAUAUCGAAUGAAAUAUUAUGAUAAUAUCACAAAUAAUUUUCCAGGUGGAUUAUUGAAAUAUGUUCAAACAGUUCAAUUAUAUGAUGACUAUCCAUUUGAGUAUGAAUUUUUCCGUCGAAUUGCUCAAUCUUUUCCAUCAUCCAACAACACGUCAUCAAUAAACACAUGGUCAUCGACCAAAGGACCAUUAGUACCAGCAUGGCAAGCACCUGCCUAUAUCCCAUUAGAUACAACAUUGAGUAGAAGCGCUCCGAAACCUAUUGGACAACUACGCCAUUUAAUUAAUCCUGCAGCACAAGAAACAAAUGUGCAUCGACUCUUUUUGCUUAGUUUUCAAGUUUCAUUUAUUUAUCAAAAAUGA